CGCAGCCGGGCAUACAUUGGCCCACUAUCGUGCUGCUCGCACUCAGCUCACGCUGCCCGCUGCUGUCGACAUGCCGACGCGACCCGGUUUGGUAAUAAAGCGGCAUAAUAUUCGAAUAUGGUGUCACGAAUGCGACAUGGGGCGCCUCCAGCGCGUGAUAUGGGAGGGUCAGGGCUCCAGGCUUCUCAGCGAAGUAUCAAGCCAGCCAAUUGUGAAGAAGUUCUUGGAAACCGUGCCAUAUAUGAUGAAUACAAUUAAGGAUAUACACAAUGCAGUGAUUCAAAACGAUUUGGAGAAUGUUAUUAGAUUAACAAGUAGCCCUGUACCGCCGCAGAUUUUAUCUAGCAAGGAUCCAAAUAACAUGACUGUAUUUCAUAAAGCAGCUGGAUUAGGACACUGUGGUAUUUUAAAUUACAUAGUCGAAAGAUAUCCACAAGGUUUAAACGAAACGGACAACGAAGGUCGCACUCCUUUACACUACGCUGCUAUUGUGAAAGAUGAUAAACACACAUUCAAAACAAUUAUUGAUUUUGGCGCAGAUGAAGGCGCUGUUGAUAAUAGAAAUAAAACCCCUGCUUAUUACUUGAAUAGACCUCAGGAGAUAGAUAAACACAAUCUAAAGGUUUUGCCCGAAGCACCCAGAACACCAUCAAGUGUUUAUCCAGCGUCAUGGGAUUGGAAAAUUUUAGAUACGGACUACACAGCUGAACUAAAUAAGAAACCUAGAAGAAAGAACUUCAAAACUUCAUCUGAAAACAUUUCUUCUAAAAAUACGCUUUCUGAAAGUACAGAAAAUUUGAAUAAUAUGAAAAAUAGUAGCACUCAUGAAAUGAUAAACAGUUUACCAGAAUUAAAUGAUAAACAUGAAACCAUACAAGAAGAAAAAAUAAAUAACAUAACUGAAAAUAUUGUUUUACAAGAAAAUGAACAGGUUUCUGAAAGCGUUGACCACGAAGCAUGUUUUGGAGAAAAUCAAGACUACAAAGAAAAUACUAGUGAUGGUAAUAAGAUUGAAGAUACUUUGAAAGAACGAGUCACGAGUAACGGUGAAUCACGACCGAAUAGUCAAAAUGGGCUGGAUCGCCAAAAUGACCAUACUAAUUUAGAACAACCAGAGAAAGAAGAAAAUUUAGAAAAUAAUAUUGAAGAAGUUAAUGAUUUAAAUACCGCUGUAGAUAAAUCAGAGCCUAUAUUUAUCAGCGAGGUUUUAAAUCGGGAAUCAACUCCACUGCCAGUACUGCCAGCCUCACCAAUAUUUAAAAGUACUGAUAAUGCUGAUACUGAUGACAAAAUCAACCAAGAAGAUAACACAGAAAAUGAUUCUUGUACACAAGUAGAUAUAAUAGAAAAUAAAAAUUCCGAUAACAUGCCUGAAAGUACUCAUUCUCAGGAAGGUAAUGUUGAAAAGCAUGAUGAUGAUCAUAUAUCACAAAACGAUAUGGAAAGAAAUCAACCAAAUAACAGUUUUGAGGACGUUAAUGUUGUCCAUACGGAAGCAGAAAAUGAUAAACUUCUAAAUGUAAAUGGAGCUACUGAGCUCCAAAAUAAAACGAAAUACGAUCAUUCCGAUGAAGAGGUUACGACAGUUUCGGAUGAUGAAGGUAAUACAAAAGUUGAUACCAUUGAAGACGAUGACGAUGUACAAGUGCAGGAUAACACACAAACAGAACACAAUGACACAUUUCUUCAAAAGGAACUACACAAAAAUGGGAGUGCAAUCAGGAGUGACAGAGUUCCUUCUGGCACCUCACGAAACAAUGGACGUAAUAGUCAAGAAAGUCUCAUAGAGGGUAUUGUGAGUAGCGAAGCGGAAAAAGACUCGCAAGAUGCUAGUGUAAUAAAGGGAAAUUCCAUACACGGCGACCUUCUCGUUAUUGAUAAUCAAAUAGACCCAGAAGUAACUGAAUUAAUAAACACAGUUAAUUUGGAAAUGUUAGCGACUUUAGUACUGAAUGGAGAAGGAUCAAGACUUAUCGGCAGAUAUUCAGAGAAUUUAGAACUGCAAGCGUUUUUGGAAAAUGUACCAUCUUAUAUGCACAAAAUUAAUAAAGUACACUUAGCAGCUAAAGAAGGUAAUAUAAGAGAACUUCAAGCGGCACUAGACAGGAGGAAAUUUGCCAUAGCUCGUGAUCCCAUUUCGGCAAAUGGAGCCACACCUCUACAUGUAGCCACUGUAUUCGGGAAAACAAAUAUUAUUAAAUAUUUAGGAGGAAGAUUUCCUGAAACAUUAUCAGCAGUGGAUUUUGAAGGACGCACAGCCUUACACUACGCAGCUGUUUUACCAGAUAAUGGCCAUUACUAUAAUCUAUUACAACAACUUGGUUCAAAUUCUAAGGACUUAGAUGAUAAUGGAAGAUCCGCAGAUGAUUACUACAGAAACCCAAGCUUAUUACCGUUUAAUCAGCUUUUAAGUGAUUUUGGUAUAAGUGACGAUAAGAUCAAAGAAAUGUUCUCAGAUCAAGUGCCAGAUGAUCGCGUCUCAAGUCGACGAAAUCUGGACAUCCCGGAAGUUCUAGACACAUUAGAUCGAUGUUACCAUCUUCUGACAGGCGUUAAUCACGCGAGUAAUGGCCAGUUGGGCAUUCCCAUCUUUCAAACAGAAGAAGGCAGAUACCUCGCAAAGUCUCUCGGCGAUCCUUUGAUAAAAGGUCUAACCGAAGUGGCUAAUGUUAAGCCGAAGGAUCCGAUCGCGUUUCUCGCAACCUUUUUGCAUAAUUUCCCCGAUCACGAAAAGCCUCAAUUAGGUACUCAGGAAUCAAACACGUUGAUAACAAACGAGCCUCCUGAGUACGAGAACCAAACAGGACCAGAUGAAUUAAUAAAACCGUAUAGUAAUGUACCAAGCACAAGAAACCGACCUAGUGGGCCCAUUGAAGUUAUAACUGUCGAUCCUCAACAGGCAGCCAGUCCCGAUGCACCGGAAGUGGCUCCAAGCAGUGCUGAGAGAGAUGAACACGGCCAAUCAAUGCUGCACUUUGCAGCUGCGCGAACGCAUACAAACAAUGCUUUAUUUCAACUAUUACAAGAGACUGAUGUUAGUAUUGGCUAUCGCGAUGAGUUGUAUAGAACGGCGAGAGAUAUAUCUAUACAGGCUAAUGUUUUGGAAAAUACUGGGGAAAUUGAUCGCUUCGUACUACACUUGGCUGCUAGAGGGAACACUGAUAAAAUAAUGGAGCUGCUCCUCCAAGGAUAUGACCACAUAUUGGACGUAGUUGAUGAGGAAGGAGUUCCCAUUAAUGAGGUGAUCUCACAACGGGGUGACAGUGAAAUAUCCAGUCUAAUGGCUUCAAUACCUACGUUUGAGGAGGCCCGAGAACGACUCAAUGUUGCUGUUAGACGCGGCGAUUUAUCAGAAGUACGUGAAAUCCUCUCAGCGGAAGGCGGAAAGACACUUGCGCGUGCGCAGAAUUCGUAUGGCAGGACACCGUUACAUGUAGCUGUGUUAGCGCAGAAUGAGGAAAUCGUUGGAUACUUGGCGGAAAAUUUUCCAGAGCUUUUGAAAAUCGGAGAUAAUUUAGAACGCACACCAUUACAUUGCGCGAUGGGUGUAGAAAAAAUGGAAUCACUCAGUCGAAUAUUAACAAGAGCUGGGGCCAAACGCGUACUGAAGGACCUAAAGGGCCGACAACCUACCUACUACUACAUGAACAAAUCUGACAUACUGAGACUUAAGGAAGAGGAAGAAAUGUAUUAAAAAACAGAGGAAGCUUACAACGUAACUUUAUGUAGUUUACACCAGAAUGAGUUCUAUCGAAGUUUGCAGUGAUGUGACAAAAUGUCUAAAUUAUGUUAAAAUCGGAAUUACUGUUGAUUUCAUAGUAACCUUGCUGGUCUUUGGAUGUGGUGAACUAGUCUUUUUUUUAUUUUGAGGAAUAAAUAUUAUUCGUUAUCAUUUAUAGCUGUGUCCACGACUACGUCUUCUUAUCAAAAAAAACAGACGCAAAAUAUGCCUGCUUUUGCUUACAUUUUGGUACUAAACUGCGCCGUUAGGUGGUUUCGAGAUAAAAAAGACUAAACUAAAAAUUUGUUAAACAAAUUCUUUAGUGAUUACAUCGUCGUAAAAUAUAAUAUAUUCAACAUACAUACUUAAAUAUGUAUGUAUGUCGUAUGCACUUAUAAUGUAGACUCACAGGAACAAACAAAAAUUGUUUAUUGUAGUAAAAAUUUUAGUAUUUUUCAAUAUAUUUAGUAAUAUAUUAGGGA